AUGCAAGAGCAGUUCGCUAUCCCACACCUGUUGCACUAUCUCGACGACUUUCUCAAUGCAUGCUCUGGAUCUGUAGUAGCCCACCAGCAACUCGCUAUUCUGCUGCGUGCUUUCACAUACCUCAGCGUACCCCUGGCCCCAGCAAAAGUGGAGGGUCCAGCUCAAGUCCUGACUUUUCUCGGCAUUAUUCUUGACACCCGCCGCCUCGAAGCCCGCCUGCCUAUGGACAAACUUUCCGAGCUUCGGGACCUCCUACGGGCCACUCUGCACUCAGUGUCAAUUUCGCAACGUCAACUCGAGUCUCUUCUGGGAAAGCUCUCGUUUGCCGCGAGAGUGGUAGUCCCAGGACGCACAUUCAUGCGCAGACUGUGGUCAAUUGCCAGCCGGUACCAGCAGCCCUAUUACCGGAUUAAGCUCUCUGAAGAGUGCCUCGAAGAUUUGCGUUGGUGGCUCAAGCUCUUGGACCAGUGGAACGGCCGGUCGUUCUUCUUACAUCCCAACUGGACGCCGUCCCCGGACUUGCAACUAUACACCGAUGCAAGUGGUGCCAUUGGCUGGGGCGCGUACAAUUCCGGCCGAUGGAUACAGGGCAGGUGGACAGACAGCCAAGCAGAGCAUAGCAUCGACUGGAAAGAGCUGUUUGCAGUUGUGGCAGCCUGCAGUACCUGGGGAAGCGAGUGGCCUCAGCUGCGAAUAUUAAUUCACUGCGACAACAUGGUGGUAGUGGAGUGUAUCCUUUCCGGCACCUCCCGAUCUCCAGCACUGAUGGUUCUGCUGCGGGAGCUGUUCUUUGUAUGCGCUGGGCACAAUUUCACUGUUUCUGCUAAGCAUAUUCCAGGAGCCAAUAACACUAUCGCCGAUCGUCUCUCUCGUUUCUGCAUGCAGGACUUCCGCAAAGCAGCACCGUCAGCUCGCAUGGAGGCAGACGCGGCCCGUCUGCCGCACCAGCUGAUGUAG